AUGACGGAUAGAGUCCACCCGACAUCCAAGCCUAAUGGCACUGGCACCACCGUCAGAAACCCAAAACUACCACCUCCACCGGCGAAAACCCAAAUUAACAACCUGAACCGACUCCCUUACCGGCCGAACCUGCCCAAUUAUCAACGGAAACGCCGUAGUGGUUUGCGGCGGUGUUUCUGUUUAUGCUGCUUCUGGUCAGUUCUCGUCAUAAUCCUCGUCCUCCUCCUAGCUGGAAUCGCCGGUUGCGUCCUUUACCUCCUCUACCAUCCACAGCCUCCGACAUUCUCUGUUACUUCACUUAAAAUCUCGCAAUUCAACCUCACCACCGCCUCCGACGACACCACACGGCUCACAUCCAAGCUCAACCUCACUAUUUCAACGAAAAAUCCAAACAAUAAAAUCGUGUUUUACUACGAUCCAAUCGCGAUCACAUGCUUAUCGGAGGAAACACAAAUCGCAACCGGAUCUUUCGGAAAUUCUUUUACAAGUAGUCCGAAUAACAUCACGAUUAUCCGUUCAGCAAUCAGCAGCACAUCUCUGCUUCUGGAAACGGAGACAGUGGAUCGAAUGAGAUCAGAUCUGAAGAAGAAAUCGGGUUUGCCACUGAAGAUAUUGCUUGAUACUCAAGCAACAAUGAAAAUCGAAUCAAUCAAAAGCAAAAAGGUCGGAAUUAGGAUCAAGUGUGAGGGCAUUCAUAGCCUAAUUCCAAAGAAGGGUGGAGUAAAAUCCAAUAGUUCAUCAUCGUCGGUGGCUGCUGCUACUGUUUCUGAUGCUAAAUGUGAGGUUGAUCUUCGAAUCAAGAUCUGGAAAUGGACUUUCUGA